CCCCGCCCGCAGCCAUGCGUACUGAGCUUGUUAUCGGGUCGCUUGUUAUGACUGGAGAAGGCCUCGGACUCAAUUAAAACUUAUCCCCGGGAUAGCCGCAUGCUCAUGGAGGGCAUGGACAUAGACCUGGAUCAGGAGCUCAUGCAAAAAUUCAGCUGCAUGGGCACCACGGAUAAAGAUGUCCUCAUCUCGGAGUUCCAGAGGCUGCUGGGAUUUCAGCUCAACCCGGCUGGCUGCGCCUUCUUCCUGGACAUGACCAACUGGAACCUUCAAGCAGCUAUUGGUGCUUAUUAUGACUUUGAGAGUCCAAACAUCAACACGCCGUCAAUGUCUUUUGUGGAAGACGUGACGAUUGGAGAGGGGGAGUCUGUUCCUCCUGACACACCGUUCACAAAGACAUGGAGGAUACAGAACACAGGUACAGAGUCGUGGCCCCCAGGUGUGUGUCUGAAGUAUGUGGGCGGGGAUCAGUUUGGUCAUGUGAACAUGGUAAUGGUGCGGUCUCUGGACCCUCAGGAAAUAUCAGAUGUGAGUGUGCAGAUGCGUAGUCCAGCUGUUCCUGGCAUGUACCAGGGCCAGUGGAGAAUGUGCACAGCCACAGGACUCUUCUACGGAGAUGUGAUCUGGGUGAUUUUGAGUGUGGAGGAGGGAGGCCUGCUGGGCGUCACACAGCAGCUAUCCUCCUUCAAGACGGAGUUCAACACGCAGCCACACCGCAGUCUGGAGGGAGACUACAACCCUUUCGCCUCACCACAGAAGAACAAGCAGGACACCAAUGAGGAUCAUCUAAAAGACCCUGGGGGCCCCUGGGAGGCCCCACUGGACUCCAUUCAGCAAGAUCAAAAUGGACUCAAUCACAGCUCUGUAAAUAUUACACCAAAUGGUCUCCAAAACAACUUAUCAGUAGUGACUUACAGCCAGGGCAUUAAUGGACCCUUCCCGUUUGGACAGUCUUAAGAUACAGAAACCACCUGGUGGCUCAUCAGAGCUGCUGCUUUUGCCCUUUUCUGGGUUUCAGUGAGAGAAGGAACGGAUUUACUCUAAAGACUUGGUGACCCUCCUUCUCCCCCUCCGAUCACAACAUCACAUAAAUGUGUGGACAAAUCUGUUUGGCUCCAAAUCAAUACUGAACCAACACCUGAGUUACGCAUGUGUGAAUGCUAGAUUUAGACGAGUGCUAGAAGUUCUAAAGAGAUAUAAUGAAAAAAUACACCUUUUUUUGAUCUGUAUUGUCACAUUACAGCAGUUAAUUCAGAUGUGUGUGUGUGUGUGUGUGUGUGUGUGUGUGUGUGUGUGUGUGUGUGUGUGUGUGUGUGAGUUCACGAGAGAAAGAGGCAGAGUGAUGGAUGAAUGAAUCUCUCAAGAACGCCAGUCACGUUUCACCGCAAAAUCAGCAGAAAUGGCAUCGAAGUUAUACUUCGCAUGAAGAAUAUUACGCUUUUUUUUGUUGAGAUUUUAAGAUCGUUUUACCUCAUGAUAUUUUUCAUAACAAAUUUCCAUUAUAUAACUGAUCUUUGUGUGUGUGUGCGCGUGUGUAAUUCCCAUUGUUUCUCACCUUUAAAUUAAAUGAUUGUAUUACUUUUUUUAAAAAGAUAUUGCACUAUUUUUAUCAGACUGAUGGAAAUACAUUCAAGAAAACACAAAGUACUAAUAAUUUAUCAUUUAAAUAAUACAUAACAUCAAACACGGAAAGAUUAAAUGUAUAGUUCACCCAAAAAAGUCAUUUAUUCUCCCUUAGGUGGUUUUAAACCUAAAAGUUUCUUUCUAUUGAACACUAAAGAAGAUAUGUUGAAGCAUGCUGGCACCCAUUGUGUUUAUUUUUUCCUACUAUGGAAGUCCCAGCAGCCAGCAUUUUUCAAAGUAGCUUCUUUUCGAGUGAGUUAAUGAUGGCAGAAUUGUCAUUUUUGGGUGAACUGUCCCUUUAAAUUGCAUACUUGAUACUCUUAAGCAAAGUAUAAUUCCUAAUGUCUCUGGAUUUGCUGUGAAGCGUGACUGGAGUUUGUUUUUGAAACCUUUCUUUUCUUUUUUUGCGAGAAUCACCUCAAUAUGUGCGCGACUGAGUGUUUCAGCAAUGCACAAAAGCCAUCAACAAAGAAUUAAUGCCUGUCAAGUAGUUUUUCAUCAAUGUUCUUUGACUUUUUCCUUAUAAAGUGAUUACUAAAAAACAAAACAAGAGGUCAGCGUGCCUGCUUGGAGGUGUGUAAUUGACAAACGAUUUCAUAUGGUCCUCUGCUAGCUAAUUUUAUCACGCUUCGGAUUCGGUAACAGAAAAACCCAGCAAACCUGUACAGCAUACAUGAGCAGAUUAUGUCUCAUUUCUAAUGAAGUAUACAUCCGUACUGCCACCACAGGUCAAGUCAUAGCUGUUGUCAGAGAUGACCGUACUAUCUAGUUGCUGUUGUCAUAUUUGUUUACAUUGAUGUUGUUCUAGAGUGCUGAUGUUGGUGACACAAUCCAUCUGAGAUGAUAGUAAGCGGAUGUGGCUUUGGUUCCCUUGUUUACUGACCUAAGAGUUCGCAAGCACAUUUGAUUUGUCUUUUCCCAAUCACAUGUUUCUGUUCUUCACCUAGACCUACGAUGGUAUUAAGCUGUUUUAAAUGAGCUGAGGGUGUUUUAAUGAGAGGAAAGCUUGUGUGAGUGUGUGUGUGUGUGUGUGUGUGUGUGUGUGUGAGUUCAUUUUAAAGGAAUAUUCUGGGUUAAGUGCAUGUGGUGUGAUGGAAAAUAAUUGAGAUUUGUAUACCUCUCUUAAUAAAACUGAACUGAAAAUGCAUUGUUUA